CUCCACCACAAACAAAGCAGACUAAAAAGGGAAACGAAAAGAAAAAUAUUUUUACGCCAAGACUUUAUCAUCAAAGACGCGUCGAUUGACCACUGAAACUGUAAUGGCUGCAACAGGGGACUAUUACGCAAGGACAAGGAGGGCCUGGAACCCUGUGGCUCGAUUUAAAGUUUAAUUACUCCAAACAUCUGUACAGAGUUUAGCAGCAAAGGCGUACGAUAAGACACUAAUCCAAAGUUAGACCUUUGACGUAGAGAAUUCUUUGUACAUGCACAGCAAAAGCAUUUGUGUUCAGAUACCGUGGGCGGAUUUCGAAGACCAGUCCAGAACAUGCGUGAGCACUGUGGCGUAACUGCCAAAAGAGGGAUCUUUCAUAAAACACAUCGUGAUGUUCUUUUAAAGUUCAACGCCAUAGGAAAUAGGGAAGCACUUUCAAGAAGACUUAAGCAAGUGCAAGAUCUCUUACAAUAUUGUUGAAACGUUGUGUUCCGGGUUUACAAUGAAUCAAACCCCUUCGCAAUACGAUAACCAAACCGCUACAAGAUAUCUACUCCUUCCCGAGCCCGAACCCUUACGAAUUGCUCGUACCGUGGUCGUCAGCCUGUUGCUGUCGUUUUCGCUGGUUGGAAAUUACGUUGUGUGUCGAGCAGUUUGGAGGCAACCAGGCCACAAACCAUUAGCUCACUACCUCGUCAGCAACUUGGCUUUCGCCGAAAUCCUCAACACCGUCAGUAUAAUGUUUACAAUUCACGCCGACGAACCCCCGUGGUCUUGGAAGCUCGGAUCAACCAUGUGCAAGAUACUGAUACAAAUACAAGUGGCCAGUCUGCUGGUGAUCACAACGACCCUAGCCACUCUUGCUGUUUACCGCUGUCUUCUCCUCGUCAAGCCUCUCGUCACUAAACCAACCCGCAGACAAAUGCGUUGCAUAAUAAUAUUCACAUGGGUGGGGUCCUUUGUGCUGACUGUUCCCUCGUCAGCUUUUCAUGUCGUAAAAGUGUACGAUAAACAUCCUCUGUGUGAAGAAAUAUUUCCACCGGGUUACGAACAAUUAAAGGAUAUCUAUUCCAUUGUGGUUUUCAUAUUAAAUUUCGCCCUGCCGUUAGCAAUAAUGGUGGUUUCCUACGCGAUGGUCAGCAAAAAGAUUCGGGAACAUAUCUUUGUUAUAACAAGGUUAAGGGAUGAGCAGAACAAAGCUUUUUCUUCGGUCACUAAUCAGUCUACUUUGUACCCAGAGGAACCUCGAGGAGCCAGUCUGUUUAGUCAAUCGGAGACGGAAAACCGCGAGGAAAUCGAGCUGGUGAAUAUCAAGGUUGACGCCAAAAAACUGGGCGUAGGGCCAGACAAGGAAAAGAAAGCCUUAAAAGAAAGUGUCUCACCUUUUAGCGAAGUGCCGCCCGUCAACAACAAAACCUUUGAACUGGAGAACGAUUUAUUAAGAAUGGUGUUUGCACUCGUUUUGAUAUUUGUCGUUUGCUACAUUCCUUAUCAAGUUAGCUGGCUUUUGUUUGAGUUUCGUGUGAACGCAUUUAUUUUCUGGCCUUAUCGUUAUAUUGCGAGUAAGUUCGUUUUUGCUCUGACGUGCUUUCCUAGUGCCCUGCAUCCGGUUUGUUAUGGAAUGAUGAGUAAGUUUUAUCACAAAGCGUUUAUCAGAAUUAUAGCUUGUAGAGCCUAUAAAGACGGUUGAAAUCAUAGUUCAGACAAGACUUACAUUGCAUCAUUCAAAAAAAAUAUUUCGAGAUUACUUUGGUUGUCCUUUAUUUCGCUCCGUAAUUGGUCCAGAAACGUGGUGCUACCUUUUCAACCAACCAGAUGAAAAACUGAAACCAAUCGUGAUUUGAUCGUCCGCGUUAAUUUUCCCGCGCUUCAAACGUUUUCUUGUUUUUACUUUAAUUCUCAUUGGGUCUGUAAUAUUUUCUUCUCUUCUGAUUGGCUGUUGCGAUUACUUUGAUUUUGGUUUUGCGACUUUCAAUCGAAAAGUGCUCUCAUAUUUGGUGGGAAUUAAGCUAUGGCUCGCAUUUGAUUUUAUAGAAAACAGAAGAACUGACAGCAUAUUUGAGCGUUACCUCUUUCGAAUAUUUUCUUUCACACUUGAUUAACCCUAGUGCUAAGACUGCAUCAAAACCAAAAUCAUUCCGGUUUAUACCAUGCAUUUGAAGGGUGCUCUCUAGGCGCAUUGACUGACUAGCUUUGAGAUUUUAGCAAAGACUAUGCACCUGAGAGCAGCUCAAGAGAACAAUCGGAUAAGAAGAGACCAAUUUCCGGACAUUUUUCGGUAUGUUGACAGAAAUAAACCACUUUUUUCGGUUCUUAUGUGGUAUAUGCUCUGAAAACAGUCAUUCACCUCAGUUUUGGUGGACUGAGUGGUGGAUAUUUACCAUGCUCCUUCGUGGCCCAGUAAAUAUCCUUCGCUACACACCUCCACUUCGAUUAUAAAUUCUUGAAUAUCCCGCGAGAGAUGUGUUCUAUUUUUCGUAAAUUGAAAUUUUUGUCAAAACUAGGUGGAAUUUGAAAACUGAUUACGACUUGCUUUCCUCAUCAGUUUCUGGCUCUUGUUAGACUUUUGAAUCUGGGUUUGAUUUUAUGCGAAAUGCACUUUGAAUGUAAAGCUAUUUUCAAUUGAAUGUCGAAACUUUUCCAGGAAUUCGUUGCUUUUGCUUCAUAUCGCUCUAUGAUUGCAGUGGUCCAAAAAAAAAAAAAAAA